AUCUGACAGUCACACAACUACGAUGUCGAUUUCCAACGUUUCAGCUGCCAAAUCUGCCUAUAGAAAUGCCUUGAGAGCGACCAGAAUAGCCUUUAGACAAGAUGUGCCAGUCUUGAGCUCCGCCAGACUUCAGAUUAAAGAUGGCUUCACCAAAAACAGAGAGUUGAAGGAUGAAGCCGAAAUAUCCGAAGCCAUCUCCAAACUCAACGAAGUCAGUAAGUUCUUGGUUCAGAAUAUUGUCCAGGGUGAGAAGCAAGAAGAUGGAAAGUACUUUUUGAACUUCCAUGAAAAGACAGAGUUGGGAGACAACGAAACUAUCAGACAGGGCAAUAAGGCCAACUUGGGAUCUUUGGCUGGUGCUAAGGUCAAGAAGUGUAGUGAUAACUAAGUAAAUAAGAAGAGAAAAUGGAACAGAAGGAGAAGAAGACUUAGCAUCUUGUCUUGUCUUCGAAGAUUCAAGAUAUUUAACGAAUUGUACAAAGAAGCAUAUAAUGUAUAUAGAAUAAACGGAAUUCAGAU